AUGUGGGAGGGUGUUUCGCCCAAUGUCAGCGACAGGACGCUGCUCACAAAGGACGCCGUCCGGCGUACAGUUUUACGAGAAGCACUUCCAGCCGUCGUCCCCUCGGGCAGCCUGCGCAGCUCACCAUCUAGGAACCCGACACGGCAACAGCAGCACCCCAGUCUCGGCUGGGCCAGAUGCCCAAACGUUGAGGAAGAGAUGGAAAUAUGUAGGCCUUUCCGGGAGGAAGCAUAUCGAUGCGAGAUGGCCCUCAAGACGUCGCAAUCGCAAUAUGGGUUAAGCAUUUUUCAAAGGGAUAAUCCCAAGAGUCCGAGCGGAGGCAUUUGAAUGCCAGGUCUACCUUGGGUCUACCAGCUUGCCCAGCGGUGGUCAUACGGAAGCGACCGAGAGGCUGGGUCGGCGCCCGGCGUUGCUUGUGCGCUCCUGCCUCGUCACCACCGACGCCACAAGUCUCCCCAAGUUAGGGUUCGGCGUGGAAUCUGCCUCUAAAUAGCCGAGCUCCCCCAAGCACUGCAGGCGGAAGGCGCGAGUGUUGCGGGAAGUAGCAUGUGUGUUUUUUCACUUGGUGAGGACGGGUCUGGCGAUUCGCAUUUGGAAAUCAUUCGCAGUUGGCAAACGUUUACAAACCCCGAUGGGGUUUUACUUGCUAGACAUGGAAUACUACCUGCACUCAGCGUUGCCUUGGGCGACACAUUCUUACCUUUGUGGCACUCGAUCAGCUUGUCACAGCCUGACCGAGUAUGGUUUUGUGGUGCUGGUUGUAAUCGGGGCGACGGGUGCAGGGCACGAUGGAGAUGAAAGCUCGACGACCUUGACAGCAUUCUAUCCUAGUACCAACUUUCU